AUGACAGACAGGAAUAAAGUUUCAAAUGAGAAAGUUUUCGGAAGUCACCACACGUCACAUGCCAAUACAGCGCUCGGUGUGCCAACACCGACGGUGCGGGGCUACAGGCAGCUGUUUCUGGGAAGCCGGAGGACACCGCGGCCGGUGGGCCGGGAGACCCGGCUCUCUUUGUUCCGGGAGCCCCUCGCGGCCCCGGGGCGGCUCCUGCGGGUGCUUCGCGGGCGGGAGCGGCUGAACGGCAGGCGCAAGCUGGUGUGCGACAAGCCACCCUUUCCCGACCAGAGCUCUGUCUUUGCUUGGCUUGUGUUACAGAAUAGUAUGGUGCUUUCUGCUGCUAUCUUCAUCACGCUGAUUGGCCUGAUCAUAUACCUGCACUUUGUGAAAAUUGACCAGGAAUCACUAUUGGUCAUCGGCUCACUCAUUGAGAUGGGUCAAGUGAAGGAUGUGGUUAUCAAUGAAGCCAUUCAUAUGCAAAAAGUUAUCUACUACCUGUGCAUCCUCCUCCAGGACCCUGGAGAUCCUCAGGGAGUAUCUGAGGUUGUGCCACUCUUUCAGAGCUCCAAGCCACGUCUGGACUGCUUGAUAGAAGUGUACAAAAGUUGUCAAGAAAUCCUGGAGCAGAGGAGGACAGCUCCACAAUCAAGUGGAAUAAAAUAG